GCGUGCGUCCGGCGGCGGCAGCGGGAGGAGGGGCGGCGCCAGCCAUGGCCGGGGACAGCGAGCAGACCCUGCAGAGCCACCAGCAGCCCGGCGGCGGCGAGCCCUUCCUCAUCGGCGUCAGCGGGGGCACGGCCAGCGGCAAGUCUUCUGUUUGCGCUAAGAUUGUGCAGCUCCUGGGACAGAAUGAGGUGGACUGUCGCCAGAAGCAGGUGGUCAUCCUGAGCCAGGAUAGCUUCUAUCGUGUCCUCACUUCGGAGCAGAAGGCCAAAGCCCUGAAGGGCCAGUUCAAUUUUGAUCACCCGGAUGCCUUUGACAAUGAACUCAUCUUCAAAACCCUCAAAGAAAUCACUGAAGGGAAAACAGUGCAGAUUCCUGUGUAUGACUUUGUCUCCCAUUCCCGGAAGGAGGAGACAGUCACUGUCUACCCCGCGGAUGUGGUGCUCUUUGAAGGGAUCCUGGCCUUCUACUCCCAGGAGGUGCGAGACCUGUUCCAGAUGAAGCUUUUCGUGGACACAGAUGCGGACACCCGGCUCUCCCGCAGAGUAUUAAGGGACAUCAGCGAAAGAGGGAGGGACCUUGAGCAGAUUUUAUCCCAGUACAUUACGUUCGUCAAGCCUGCCUUUGAGGAAUUCUGCUUGCCAACCAAGAAAUACGCUGAUGUGAUCAUUCCGAGAGGUGUAGAUAACCUCGUGGCCAUCAACCUCAUUGUGCAGCACAUUCAGGACAUCCUGAACGGAGGGCUCUCCAAACGGCAGACCAAUGGCUAUCUCAACGGCUACAUCCCUUCACGCAAGAGGCAGUCGUCGGAGUCCAGCAGCCGGCCGCAUUGACCCCUGUCUCCUUCAGACCUGGCCCCUACCUUCAAGAGACCGGAGGAGGGAUCAAGAGGCUCUGUUCAUCCGUACAUGUGGUUUCCUAUGACAUUUGCUGUAUUUAAGAAAACACCAUGGAGAUGACAUGCCUUUGUUUUUCCCUUUUUUUUUUUUUUUUUUGUGCUUUGGAGCGGCGAAACGAAAUCGAAUUUGACCCUGAGCUUAAAUGACAAACUGUGCCAACUACUACUGGUGAUGCCUAAUUAUGAAUCCAACGUGUAACCAGUUAUAAAUACAUACAUAUAUAUAUAUAAAAGGAUCUAUUUUUGUGUAAAUGUA